AAAGUCUAUUAUUUACAUGUUGGAGUGGUGUGGUGGAUACAGGCGCGGCGGACGGUGGGUGAGGGAGAUUGAUCCGCCCCCCGAGCACCGUGAGGAGGAUGCAACACUUCCCCGCCCGCUGCUGAGUACCAGCCACAAGGAUGUUGGGGGGUCUGUUCAUCUACAACCACAAGGGUGAGGUGCUCAUCUCCCGAGUGUACCGGGAUGACAUCGGCCGGAAUGCCGUUGAUGCCUUUAGGGUGAAUGUGAUCCACGCCCGGCAGCAAGUGCGCUCACCUGUCACCAACAUCGCUAGGACCAGUUUCUUCCAUAUCAAGCGUGCCAACAUCUGGGUGGCAGCUGUCACCAAGCAAAAUGUCAAUGCUUCACAGGUGUUUGAGUUCCUCCUUAAAAUGCUUGAGGUUAUGAGCAGCUACUUUGGGAAGAUAUCUGAGGAAAAUGUGAAGAACAACUUUGUGCUCAUCUAUGAACUGCUUGAUGAGAUCCUUGACUUUGGGUACCCCCAGAACACAGACACGGGUGUGCUCAAGACCUUCAUCACACAACAGGGCAUCAAGACAGCCAGCAAAGAGGAACAGUCACAGAUCACAUCCCAGGUUACGGGUCAGAUUGGCUGGCGGCGCGAGGGCAUCAAAUACCGACGGAAUGAACUCUUCCUUGAUGUCAUCGAAUAUGUCAACUUGCUCAUGUCCCCUCAAGGCCAAGUAUUGUCUGCCCAUGUUGCUGGCAAGGUUGUGAUGAAGAGCUACCUCUCCGGCAUGCCUGAGUGCAAGUUUGGAAUCAACGACAAGAUUGUGAUGGAUGCCAAACGAGGUUCCUCUGACGAGUCACAGCGGUCUGGGAAGACGAGCAUUGCUAUUGAUGAUUGUCAGUUCCACCAGUGUGUGAAGCUUUCCAAGUUUGAGACAGAACACUCCAUAUCCUUUGUUCCUCCUGAUGGGGAAUUUGAACUCAUGAGGUAUCGCACCACCAAAGACAUCUCACUGCCCUUCCGUGUGAUCCCGCUGGUGCGAGAGGUUGGCCGCACCAAGAUGGAGGUGAAGGUGGUCAUCAAGAGCAAUUUUAAACCUUCACUGCUGGCACAGAAAAUUGAG